CUGAUAUUCCACUUCCCAGGGCGGUCAAGAUUUUCCAUAGGCGGCGGCAGAUUUAUUAUCAUCUUGAUAACCUUUACCUCUCAGACGCCCACCAACUUUGACAUUUGCUUGGACGUACCACGUGCGAAUUCGAAUCCCCUCGCCGCCCCGCCCCGCAACCGGAAACAUUGAAGCAUACCGAUCCGAGACAAUUAGGAAUCCAUCAUGGGCGUCGCAAAGAAGACGCGCAAGUUCGCACAGGUAAAGCGCAUAAUAUCGCGCCGCGACGCACGCCUCAAAGAGAACCAAACCAAAGCCGCCACCACCACAGCCGCCGCAACCGCAUCAUCCAAGCCCUCCACCUCCGCCGACAUCAUCCGCCGCCAAGUCCCGCAGCUCCCCUCGUCGCUCUUCUUCCAGCACAACGAAGCCCUCGUCCCGCCCUACAGCGUCCUCGUCGACACCAACUUCCUCAGCCACACCGUCCAGCGCAAGCUGCCCCUCCUCGAGUCCAUGAUGGACUGCCUGUACGCCAAGUGCACCCCCAUCAUCACCAGCUGCGUCAUGGCCGAGCUCGAGAAGCUCGGCCCCAAGUACCGCAUCGCCCUGAGGAUCGCCCGCGACGAGAGGUGGGAGAGGCUGCAGUGCGAUCACAAGGGCGUCUACGCCGAUGAUUGCAUUGUCGAUCGCGUCAUGAAACACCGCGUAUACAUCGUCGCGACCAACGAUAAGGACCUCUGCCGCCGGAUACGCAAGAUCCCCGGUGUCCCUAUCCUCAACGUGGCUCGGGGGAAAUACGUCAUCGAGAGAUUACCCGGUGCUCCUCAAUAGUGAGCAUCUACAUAGGAGAUAUGUAUAAUACGCAUGCAUAGCUAUUUAGAGGCAUCCGGCGUUAGGGUAGAUAUUUAUCAUAUCAAGUUAGACUGGCUUAAGGCAAACCAGACGGCGUUAUAGGCAGAUAAACAAAAAACCAGUCGAUUCAAUGAUUCAAUGCAAGGAAGGUUACAAUACAAAUUAAACGUUGCUAAUCGGACG